AUGCCGGAAUUUGAGUUUUUCCGGCCUGGAGAGCCUGUUUCGCAGAUCCACACGUUCAGCUUAGUGCUGGUGGUCAUAUUGGCUUGGUCCGCUAUUGCUCCCUUACACGCCACAGGUAUCCUGGAAACGUUCUGUCCGGGCACUUUUACACGGAUUGCUAGCCGAAAACAACCCAUUUAUACCUCGUACGCGGGAGCGGAACAGGACUGCCAGCGCCUGGCGCCGGUCUCUUCCAAUUACUCCGACAUCUUGAGUCUGGAGACGCUGUACUCCAAGCUUUACUCCGGGUGCCUGAUGCAGCAUGUGGGAAAAAUGUCCAAGAACGUCCGCCCGCCUCUCUGGGUGAAGAGUGCGUCACAAGGCACGACCAAAAUGGCAUCCAACCAACUGUGGUAUAACGUCAACUCGAAUUUUACCUUCCUUUGUGAAUAUAGUGUGCCGUUGAAAACCUGUCCAGCCACGGAGUACUUUCCCAAACUGAUCGAAGGCGAAACGUCGCCAGUGAUUUGUCCCCAGGGUGAACUGCCCUACGGCGGUACGACAUCAACCUGUCGCAACGGAACACACCGUGUAACCGGUCUUACAUACUGUAGAAAGGUUCACUCAGAGGUCCAGGCUACGGUCUGCAGACAGACCUGCACCACCCUGCAGACACCAGCCAUUCCACAAGCAAUGGCUUAUGUUGAAGCCGAGCUUUUCUGCCAAAAGACUAUGAGGGCAAAGGAUAUGAUUGCGGCACCAUGGCCAAGGGGACCGCCCAGCGCCAGGGGUUUCGUUAAGUAUGUAGUGAAAAAGACCGCUUUGAACUUCGUCAAGAUCUCAGGCAUAGCCACGGAAGAGAGCCAGGCUGCCGGUUGCCUUGACCACCAUAUUCGAACGCACGUAUCCGACGUCAACGCCAGGCAGACCCCAUUCUGGAUAUCCAGGUACCCUGAUGUGUAUACAAGCAGCUAUAAGCAUGAUCAACGCUUCCUGGCGUCUGACGGCAAUCGCUAUCCAGCCGAUACCAAGCUACCGUUUGUGUGCGGAUAUCAACGAACGUGCAAUCGCACUUGUUGGGCAGGUGGCAGAAGGCAGACGGUCAGUUAUAUUCCAACAUAUGCUCCCAGCAACUUCGGUGACGCUGAAUUCCAAUGCAGGAGAAAUUUUCUUCGCUUACCACCUCCCGUCCCCCCUCACUUCCCCAUGGCGGUGUGCGUCAAUGAGCUGCUCAAGGAGGAAAUGGGCACGAAUGCUGUGGUGUGGAUGGCUAGAGACAGUCGCUGGCGUCAGCCGGCCUACGGCAGCGAUGGACAAGAAUACAAUCCAAGCAAGAGGUUCCGUAUGACUGUCUGCUCCACUAUGGAUUACCCCCGUAAAUUGAACGAGCAGUAUGGAGUGUUGCCUACUGGUAGUGCCGCAGUACCUCCCACAGGACUCAGCACCACAUCUUCCAGCACCACAGCGACUACAGUCCAUUCAGAAGAAGAUGGAUUUUUUGCGUUUGGCCAUAGAUGGGUCGCAGAUGUUCUAGCGUUUGGCCGUAAAUGGGUCAAAAGUUGAGUUUUUAAGAAGUUUUCUGCAAUACCCUAUGGAAUCCUCUUCCAAUUAUGUUUCUGAAGUCUAUUUCUCCAAAAAGCAAGCAUAAUAAGAAAAGGAUUUUGGCCAGGU